AUGGGCUUCCGCUCAUAUGCCACCUACAACACCAACGCAUCUGCUACCCCUCCUUCUCCUCCACCAUCCUCCAGCUCUUCCUCGUCCUCGUCCUCGUCCUCCUCCGUCAACGCGACCGAAAUCUCUCACUUCAACACCCUCGCCUCCUCCUGGUGGGAUCCUCAUGGCUCGUCCCGUCUCCUCCACCUCAUGAAUCCGCUGCGACACCAAUUCAUCCAGAAGAAAUGUCUCAUCCACACACACGAUGAUCUCUCUUCUCAUGGAACGGCAACAGAGACAAAUACGCAAAGGAAAACGAAGAAGCUGAAAUUCCUCGAUAUCGGUUGUGGAGGUGGAAUUUUUGCGGAAAGCGCAGCACGAUUGGCCAUGGCGGAAAGUGUGGUCGGGAUCGAUCCUACACCAGAAUGCAUUCGAGUGGCAAAGGCACAUGCGAGACAGGAUCCGUUGUUGUUGCAGCCGGGGAAGUUGGUGUAUAAGAAUGUUGCGAUUGAGGAGUUGGCUUUGCCUUCUUUCUCUUCUACUUCUGCAUCUAAUGCCGAAGGAAAAGACGGUGAAGAAGCCGGGUUCGAUGUAAUAUCAUUGUUUGAAGUGAUUGAACAUAUUCAACAGCCUGGGCCGUUUUUGGAAAAUGUGCUGAAGCAUUUGAAACCGGGGGGAUGGCUGGUGGGGAGUACGAUUGCGAGGACGGGGACGAGUUGGUUCACGACCAAGUUUGUGGCGGAAGAGGUGUUGAAGAUGGUGCCGAGGGGCACGCAUGAAUGGAGUCAGUACAUCAAUCCGGGAGAGAUGAGAGAGUGGGCGAGAAGUCGACCCGAGCUGGAUGUGGCAGUCGGGAGUCCUGGGUGGCAGCAAAUGGGCGUGGUCUAUGUGCCGGGACUGGGUUGGAAGGUAGUGGAUGGCAGUGAAGACUGGGGGAAUUACUUUUUUGGAAUGAGGAAGGUUGGCAGCGCAGAUGUUUAGUGCAUUUCUGGAGGAGGAGAAGUGUCAUCCUCACACACAAUACCCAGCAAAAAAUAACAUGCCUCCCCAUGGACUAUAUCAAUCUACAAUCGCAUGCAUGCCAACUCCACAACCCAAUAGUUGCCGCUGUAACGCAAUCAACAAGCAAUUUUUGCCGCUCACAUGAGAUGUAUCUUCCACUCCCUUGACUAUGCGAGAACCCUAGUCACCGCUUUUGCCUCUCUUCUUUGCUGGCUCGAGACCAACAGCCGAGUCUGCUUUUCUCUUCCGUCCAUCGCCCGACUGUGCCUUUUCCAGUAGGUCCGCAGCUGCUUCGCCCUUGCCUUCCCCCGAGAGCAUCUCGUUGAUCGAUUGGAGGAACGAGGCUUCUUCGUCCCCACUGAUUCCGGCCUCGGCCAGCUUCUGUACCAGUAUGGUCCUCAGGUGGUCAGGAUCAAUAUCAAUAUCCCCUUCCACAUCAUCUUCUUCACUCUCCCAUUCUCCUUCGCCCUCAUCAUCUUCUUCUCCUUCUUCUCCUUCUCCUUCUCCUUCUACUCCUUCUUCGCCCUCAUCUUCAUCGUCCAUUCCUUGCUCUUCGAGUUGAUCCUCGUAGACCGCUCUUGCCAUGGACUUGGGCAUGCGCUUACUCGCGAUCAGCCCAUCGGUAUCUCUAAAUUUUUCUCGCCAGUCAGGCAGAAGAGCGAACGAGGAGUCUCUCGAUUGCACAGCAGGUGGUGACUUCUGGUAAGAUGCCAUGCGCACCUCUCUGCUCAAAUAAAUCACCGGCUGGGAGUCGCGGUCAACGGGCGCAGACGUCUUCUGUCUCUUGCUGCGCGGUGCGUUGUGAGAGUCACGCUUGCGCUUGGAACCAGACUUUACCAUCUCUGCAGCAUGGCUGGCAUGGUCUCGACGGAUGGGUGCAGGUCGUGGGCCCGAGGUAUCCCAGUAGGCAUCAUCGCCAUACUCUGCGUCGUCCUCGUAGUUAUACAGAUCGUCAUAAUCAUGUUCCACGAUGUCAUAGCCCACGAUAUAGCCUGGAUCCGGAAUCGCAUUCUCUGCUAGUUCGUCCUUCACGCCAUGUUAGCACAGGCUCGGGCAUGGCUCGACGGACUCAUUCGCAUGGCUCUCCCAAGAGAACGGCACAGGCGGCAACACGCCGACGGCUGACAGUGGGAUGCGUUGGACGGAUACACGUACGGCCAACUCGAAGUCAUCUUCCACAUAGAGCCACUCGAAACCGUCCAUUUCCAUAUAAUCGCCGUCGUCGAAGUCGUCCAUGCUCACUCAGGAUAUGUGGACAGCGAUGUUUCCUGGUCGACGCGGCAAGAGGUAGGUAGGUAAGACACCUAAUGUAUGCUUCCCCAGCGGGAAAGUGCGGCCAAUCGGGGAGAGCGAGGGCGCAAGUGCAAGCAGGCAGACAGGCAGACAGGCAGGCGGGCAAGCAAGCAAGCAGCCGUCGAUUCGGGUGACGAGUGGGAGCAAACGUGAUGCGGGUGGUGGGCAGGCAGGAUGUCGGAUGUUGGUUGUUAUGAGAUCAUUGUUGUCGGAGAGACCACGAACGAUAGGUAAUGUAGGUAUAUACCUGUACCUGAAGUAUGUACGGACAGGCGAAAACAAGACCGAAGGAGGUCAUCGGGUGACGAUGACUGUGGCCGGAUCAUUUGACACGAACAUUGCAUGUGGAGGGGAACUGCCGUGUAUUUCUCUCUCGGGGGUGACAGACUCUCUCUCUCUCUGG